UUUACAGUAAAUGUCUCUCCUGAUGCUGACACUGCACCUCUCCAAGAGCUCCCUCGCCCGGCCUUCUGCAUGACCACGCCCACCGCGCUCCUACGGCUACCGUUAGGUGCACUGAGGCGACUUAACUGAGGCCACAAAUUCAUAUUUGAAUAAUCUUUUAAUCUAACUCAUGGCAUCGAUAUAUGAACUUGUGGCCUUAUUAAAAUAAUCACCAUCAAACAACCGAUCGUAGAUCAGCACAUUUAAAUAUACGGUGGCACUGUAAGCAGCCCGAAGCUAAUAGAAGACGUCCAGCUGGAGAGGAGAUGGCAUCAGUGGAGAGACGAGUCUGCAUGUCCAGGUAGGAGGGUCAGUGCGGGAGCAGCCCUCCCUCAGAGCUUUGCACGCGAAGACGACUGGCUGGCCGGCAGCAGCGUGAUCCGGGGGGGGGGGCGUGGGGGAGGAGCGGAGCUCCAGGUGCUUCACCCAGCUCAGACCACACAGACUGGGGAUUAAAGAAAGAGAGAGACAGGGUGGGACGAGCCGGAGCCGGAGCGGGAGCUGGAGGAAGAGUGUGGUAGUGAGACAGAAGGAGAGAACGAAAUGUUAGCCUAGCUUUAUUGUCGCUGCACUCGUCUAUCCACGACCCCCCUCCGUGUGCCUUUGAAUCCAGGAUCAUUGUGUUUUUCCCCUGCGUGUUGGCGUUUGCGCUGAUCUCAGUCCGCCAUCAUGUUUAAGAAGAGCAAGAGCAAAGUUUUGGUGGAUGAAGCGUCAGAGGAGGACGAUGUGUGCUGGCAGCAGGAGCGCGGAGAAAAGGACUCCAAGAUUAAGAAGGUCAGAACAAAGAGAGAGAGAGGAGACAAGAAGCUGUUUCCUUCACAGGAUGAUGAGCACUUCCUGCUAUCUGGAGUCACUCUGUCACACAGAAGAGGGUCUGCUAAGAAGAGCUUGGAGGAGGAGAAGAGCAAGCAGAACCCGGAGAAGGACCGCGCUCACUGCCUGUGGGACAGCAUCACCAUGACCAUGAGGCAGAUCACACCCAACCGCAAAAUGGACAAGAUGGAGGGCUGGGAGCCGCCCCAGCUGAGCGAGGAGGCACUGGGUGAGGAGAGGAGUGAGGGAGAGAGGAAAAAGAGUGACUCCUCUGCACUCUCUUCUCCGCUGUCUAUUUCCCUGCCCGGGUCACUGACCUUACCCUCCUGGGCGGGUCUGGGGGGGUCAGAAGAAGACUCUUCUCGCUAUUCCAGUCUGACCGAGCCCCAGGCGGGACGUCCUGUGCAGUGGGCGGCUCGAGCGCGGGACAAAUUGGCCGCCGUCCGCCGCCGCAGUCCCGGGGGCCUAUCAGAGAGCUCAUGGGAGGGACUUAAAUGAUGAUCUCUUUUGUGGCCCCACCUUAAUGAAGAAAGAUAGAACUGCUAAUCAAGCCCUUGUACAUUCAUGGCUCUGUUCUAAUUGGAUUGCACUGCAGAGAAGUGCUGCAAAUGAAGUGAACAAUCAAAGGAAGCAAGUGAAGACAAUUGGGAUGGUGCCCUUUUGAGUGUACUUGAUGGUUGGAAGGUUUUUGAAGGUCCAGAGUAGCGCCAGGCCUUGGAGAGCCUUUUCUGUGGCUUUUUCAAAACUGCUGAAAUAGAUUUUAUUAUUAUGUUUUCUUUUCUUCUCUUCUUUUUUUUUUGCAUUAAACCCAGCAUGCUAUGCUGCCCGAUAAAAGUGCUCACUACUUUGCGGUAUCUGCUGCCUGAUCUACUGAAACACUUGUCAGAAUCAACAUCGCAGUUCUUCAAGAGAACCUUAGAUAAGUAUAGUUUAGUGUUUUAAGUAUAUUAGUUAACUGCUAUCAGCCUUAAUUGCUCAGCCAAUCAGCUUGCCUGCCUUCUUAGGGCUGUCUGUACUUGGCACAGCCACAGGCAGGGGGCGAUAUAAGAGACUACUGUGCCUUAUAAAUUCUGAAAACAAGUGGGAUCUUAGAGUAUAUAUAGUAUGUAUAGCUCUCAAUGUGAAUGCAUGAGUCUUGAUCUAAAAUCAUUUGAAUAAUGCCUUAUACCACCUAAAUGUGGACACUACACAAUCCUGUACCUCCACUGCUGCUUGUUCAUUUUGUUAACCGUCAUAGAGUAACCACAUUCUCCAGCUCAAAUCAACGUGAAAAACACUCAGGCAUUUAGAACACUGACCUACGACCUGGGACAGACAUUGUCCUGGACCUAAAUGCAAAUCAAAUAAACAACUGUAGAAUUUUGUAAUUGCACAUUUUUGCCUACGUAGUUUGUGCCACUGCCUUUUGAGCCUUAAAGAAAUAUGAAACUACUGUAUUACUACUGCAGAUGCUGAUUGUCCUGUUUUGUCAUGUAUUGUGCAAAAGUCAGAGACUGCCCUUCAUUUAUGUCAUUUCCAGUCUUGACUAAUUUUUCAGGAGAUAUUUGAAGAGAAGUUAAAAUCUCAACAUCAGUAGGUGAUUACUGUGAUUGUGGAAGACGCAACCAUCUUCUAAGACUGAACUUUUGUGUGUGGAAGCAGAUUUCUUUAGAAAGCUGAAAGUCUCCUGAAAAGAAUGGAAGCUGUAAUACAGAUGAGUGGACAAGGUAAAUACUGAGAAACUAUCAUGUUGUUGAGACUUUGGUUGAAUUAAAUUUUCUGUUAAAUAUAUGUUCUGCUUUUUUUUUUUUUCCUGACAGUGACUUGUACUUGGCUGAAUUGACUGCAAAUUAAUAAAUGAAGGGUGGUCUGUGACCUUUGCACAGUACCGUACUUUGACUGGUGAAGUUUCCCAGUCUGUCCAGUUACAUUGUUCAAACACUGGCACUAGGCCUUUGGUAAUGUCAACAUGGACCACAGCCAGUGCUGGCAGAUUUUAUCAAUUUAAUGAUGUCCUGAAGUCACAAGGGUGUGUGUCAUACAGCAGGAUGUCACAGUAAGGAUAACGUAAAACAAAGGAAUGUCCAGUAGAACCUCUUAUGUUCUCUGUACUUGACUGUUGGCUUAAGUUAUCCAGCUAAUAGGGAAAUCUUGCCUGCCUAGAGUAGUGGUGAAGACAGGCUGUGGGAGGAUGGUCUAUAUAUAUAUAUAUAUAUA